UCGACACUUUAAUCUCAGACGCCAUGAGGAAGGAAAACAAAACGAAAUCAGUAAAGAAAUUAUGACUGAUAUGAGGGAAUUGAGCGAACUCUUUUUUAAAGUUUCAGAAUAUUUGUAAUUCUGAAAAAGAGGUUGAAGAUAUGUUCGACAGAGAUUACCUGCCACAGUUAGUAGAAGCUAUUGAAGAAAGUGUACGGCUGGAAGAUACCCAUGGGAAAAGAAAGGAGAAAUAUGGACAGAAACUGACUAUUGAUGCAAUCAUUUUAAAAUCAAUCAAAACAUUACAUGGAUUUUAUCCAGAAACAAAACAGGAUGAGAAAAGAAAGGAAAUGAAAAACUUCAAACUUACAUACAAAAACAAGUCAUGUGAAUUGUAUCCACAGGCAAGACAAACUUGUGUGAAAAAUUCACUAGAAAAAGCAAGAAGGCCUGACAAAUUGCUCACAACCAAUGCAGUACGACAAGUUAAAGAGUACAUCACAGUAGAAAUGAAUCACGUAGUGUCAGAGUACACACUAAAACAUUAUGCAUGGUUGAGAAGUUUAGUGGUAGCAAGGCUUACUCUGUAUAAUGCCAGGCGUAGAGAAGCAGCAGCUAGAUUACUCAUGAGAGAGUGGGAAAUGGCCCAGACAGGUGCCUGGUUACCGCCCGAUCAAAUUGAGAGGGUAAAUGAUCCGGCUGAAAAAUUCUUUUUAGGACAAUACAAAUUAGUAAUUUGGGAUCAGAGAAGACAAUAUGUUCCUCUUUGCAAUAAAAGGAAAAGAUUCACAUUAUUCUGGUUGGCAUGCAGUUGACCAAGUUUGUCAAAAAAUUGGAGUAAAGCUUACUGCUAUUAAAAUGCGCCACUGGAUCUCCUCCAUAUAUGCAAGUCUACACAUGACACCAGAAGACAGACAGAUUUUUUUAGACCAUUUGGGUCAUGAAGGACACAUUAAUAAAGAG